AUAAAUUAAUACAUAUAUAUUUAUUUGUUUUGAAUUCUUUCAUUCUUCUCUGUCGGCAUCUAGAUAAAAAGCUUGAUCACAUUCUUCAAUUCACUGUUUCUGAUUUGGGGAAAUAGAGUGUUGAAAGAACUAGCACACUACAUUAUUUGUGGAGGGCUAUCAAAGAGGUCUUAGCGACUUAGCAUUCAAUGUUUGCAAGAGACCAAUCACUUUGACGUUUGACUUCACUAAAUUGGUUCCUGUAUAUCAUUUUAGCCUCAAGAUCUUGUCAUCAGGUUAUAUUAAUACAUUCCUAGAUAAUGGUGGAAGAUCAUAAUAAAGUGAAUAAGGUCGUGGGUGAUCUUCAGUCAACUGAAGAGUGGCUGUCAUAUGCCUAUGAACUCGUUCCUGUAGCUCUCCAGAAAGCCCGAGAGGUUAAAGGGUUUCCAGGAAGGUGGAAAAUGAUCAUAUCGAAAUUAGAGCAGAUCCCAACUAGGUUAUCUGAUUUAUCAAGCCAUCCAUGCUUUUCAAAGAAUAUGUUGUGCAUAGAACAGCUUCAAGCGGUUGCAAAGACUUUGAAUGAAUCACUUGAGAUGGCAGAAAAAUGUUCAAAAGAGAAAUAUGAAGGUAAGCUUCAAAUGCAGAGUGAUCUUGAUGCAUUGUCGGGAAAAAUUGAUUUAAAUCUACGAGAUUGCGGGCUCCUAAUAAAAACAGGAGUUUUGGGCGAGGUUUCAUUAUCGAGUUGUACCUCUUCGGGCUCUGAAGGUACAAGUUCAGAAGGCUGUAAUGUUACAGAGUUGCUAGCUAGGCUGCAGAUUGGUCAUUUGGAAGCCAAGCAUAAAGCUCUUGAUUGCCUUGCUGAUGUGAUGAGAGAAGAUGAAAAGAUGGUUUCACCCUUCUUAGGACGAAGCAGCAUAUCUGCUUUGGUACAACUCCUUACAGCCACAUCUCCAAGAAUACGCGAAAAGACUGUUACUUUGAUAUGUACAUUAGCAGAGUCGGGAACUUGUGAAAAUUUACUUGUUUCAGAAGGUGUUUUACCACCUCUUAUAAGGCUACUCGAGUCUGGUAGCUCAGUUGGUAGAGAAAAAUCCGCAAUCACCCUUCAGCAAUUGUCCCGGUCAGCAGAGAUAGCUAGCUCGAUAGUGGGCCAUGGCGGGGUGCAACCACUAAUGGAAGUAUGUUACGCUGGUGAUUCCGUUUCCCAAGCUUCAGCAACUUGUACUUUGAAAAACUUAUCCGUCGUACCCGAUCUCCGCCAAGCCCUAGCUGAAGAAGGGGUGGUGAAGAUCAUGAUUGAUAUACUUGAUUCAGGGAUUUUAUUCGUUUCCAAGGAAUAUGCUGCCGAGUGUUUGCAGAAUCUCACAUUAAGUAACGAGUUCAAAAUGUCUGUUAUCACUGAAGGCGGGGUUCGUAGUCUGUUGUCAUACCUCGAUAGUGGUCUCCCUCAAGAACCCGCGAUUGGGACAAUUCGAAACCUUGUUGGGUCGGUUUCAGUUGAAACCCUGGUUUCAUUAGGCCUCCUCCCAAGACUCGUCCGUAUACUUAACUCAAGCUCGAACGGAUCCCUAAAAUUGGCAGCGGCCACAAUAUGCCGGAUUACCGACUCACCGGAAAUGAAAAAACUUGUGGGAGAAAGCGGGUGCAUGUCGCUACUAAUCAAAUUACUUGAAGUGAAGCAGAAUGACGUUCGGGAGGCGGCAACACAAGCACUUGCUAGCCUAAUGACACUUGCGUGUAAUGCUCGAGAAGUUAAGCAUGAUAUGCGAAGUGUCCCGAGUUUGGUUCAAUUACUAGACCCGAGCCCACAAAACACAGCUAAAAAGUAUGCAGUGGCUUGCCUUGUGAUUUUGUCGACGAGCAAGAAGUGUCGGAAGCUUAUGAUAUCGUAUGGUGCAAUAGGGUAUUUGAAGAAGCUAACUGAAAUGGAUAUAAUCGAGUCUAAAAAGUUGUUGGAAAGGUUGCAAAGAGGGAAAUUUAUAAAUUUGUUCGGGAAAAAUUAGGCUUUGGAGAUGUAAAAAAUAGUUGUUUCGUUGUCUUUUAUGAAACAUUUGUGAGGCAAAUCUAUGAAUCUAAGGUGGUACAUUAUGUGAAGUUGUAAAAAUAACCGUCAUUUACUAGCCCGUUCAAA